AAGUCCACUUUGACUCCACUGCUUUUAUCUGACAUUUAUAAGACCUGCUAAUCAAGUUUAUCAAAUAUAUUGUUGUUCACAAGAUGCACUCUGCUAGAAGUGUUACUUUAUGCUUUAUGACUUUGACUGUGAGUUAAAUAUUUUUGUUUUUUUAUCUUCACUCGAAAUCUUUUUUUGGACUCUUCUUUCAAUAAUGUUGACAGAGCCGAGUGCUUCAUUGGGCCCCUUGAGCUCAGAGGUUCGGGAGCUGACUCUCCUGUCACCCGCGCCUCCUGUCUCGUCCUUACCUGGGCCCAGCGUCAGUGGAGGCUGUGGAAUGUCUGUCAGUGAGGGACAAUGGUCUCAGUUUUUAGACCUCCAUCCCACCUCUCCAUACAGCUGUCUGCCGUCCCAUCACUCGCUCAUCAAACAGGAACCAGGCUGGCCUCCCUCGGACACUUUGGAGGACCCUCACUGUGGGUUGGGGGCUUUCACAGUGCACUUCUCAGGACAGUUUACUGGUGCGGGUAGAGUUGGGGCUUUUGGAGAACCCGCUGCAGGCCAAGCCAGGAUGUUUUCAAAUGGGACAUAUCUACCAACCUGUGCAGAUAGUCUUUCUGCUCCCAGGAGCCAAGGUUAUGGAGCAAUGGGCUUGGAUAACAACCCCAGCUAUGGUCUUACUCCAUCUCACCAACUCCCAAGCUUGUCCUUCAAACAUGAAGACACACUGUCACCACAAAGCAACAUAGUUGAUCAGCAAUACACAGCUCCAGCUCCUGUCUUUGGGUGCCACAGUCCUCCUGAAUCAUGUCCAAGCAAUCAAGCUUUACUUCUGCGAAACUACAACAGUGAUAACCUGUACCAAAUGGCAUCUCAGCUGGAGUGUGUAACAUGGAACCAGAUGAACACACUGACCUCUUCCAUUAAGAGUGGCCCAGGCAAUAGUUUUGAGAGUGACCCAGCCCCUCCACCUCCUCCAAUGCUUGUGAGCUGCAGCACCCAAUAUCACAUACACGCACACAGUGUCUUCAGAGGCUUACAGGAUGUGUGCCAUGCUCCUAGUAUCACCCCAUCUACACCAAAGUCUGUUACAAAUGAAAAACGUCCAUUUGUAUGUGUUUAUCCUGGCUGUAGCAAACGAUACUUCAAACUGUCACAUCUGCAAAUGCAUGGGCGCAAACAUACAGGGGAGAAGCCAUACCAGUGUGACUUAACAGAGUGUGGUCGCAGAUUCUCUCGAUCAGAUCAGUUAAAAAGACAUCAGCGCAGACACACAGGUGUGAAGCCAUUUCAAUGUGAGACCUGCCAGAGAAAGUUUUCACGGUCAGACCACCUUAAGACACACACUCGGAUUCAUACAGGUAAAACAAGUGAGAAGCCUUUUACCUGCCGCUGGUCCAACUGUCAGAAGAAGUUUGCGCGGUCCGAUGAGCUGGUGCGGCACCACAGCAUGCACCAGAGGAACUUGAGCAAACUGCAGCCUGCCAUCUGAGCCACAGCAACCUCGGCAUGAAGAAAAGGAGGGUGAAGAGGAAGGUGACAAUGUGCUGUGCCAGCGGUAGGGACCAACAGCGCAGGAGCCUGGUCAGCGCUUAUAUGGUGCGAUGCCAGACUUACUGAAGUGGGCAAAGCAGCUGAUGCCUUCAUGUUGGCCAGAUGACAGCUUUCCUAAUGUGACACUUGCUUUGUUAUUUGACUUUAAAUAGAUGCAUUCAUUCUGAGCCAAAAAGAUUAAAAAA